GCACGAGAUUUUUUUGUGUGCUGAGCAACAACCAGCAGCGGAAGGAAUUGUUAUCGCGCAUGCCAUUGCAAACCGCAAGAUGAUACGCGCAGCCGCGAAGAUGUGGUCUGGCGUCCAGGAUAGCGAACCGCCGCAACCGCGCCGCUCGUCUAUCAAUUUAAAACCCUGGUGGUCACAAGGUGCAGCCGAAACGCACGCGGCGACGCGCAGCGGCAUCCGCGCGCGCGACAGCCGGCUGGUCGACAACCGCUGGGUGUUAGAGGGGCCGGCUCCGGCCUGGUUCCGCGGGGCCGAACAUCUCCGAGAAGGUACGCCCCUUGCGCUGUCGGACGCUUUCCGCGUCACCCAGAUGCUCUCGGCCGGCGACGCGGACGACCUAGAGGCGCUGUUGCGUGUCCAGGUCCACCGGGACCCCGCGGCGCGGUCUGCGCCGGCGUUCGCGGUUGAGUCGGACCCGGCCGCCUUCCGGCAGGAGGUUUCCGACGACGCGGACGUCUACUGGGGCCCCGACGGCCUCCUCGGCGUCGCCGGGCGUGAUGUGGGGAGAAACCGCCAUUACCAGCUCGUGGAGCGGCCGAGCCCCGCGCACGGCCCGCGGUUCGUCGCGAACGCGCUCUCGCUCUGCCAGCGCCAGGCGUCGCGCCCGAAGCGCGCGCGGCCGGCGCCGCUGCUCCCGCUCUCGCCGCAGCUGAAGCGCGCGCGGUCCCUGGCGUCGGUGGACAACUUCCACGACAUCGACGCCGCGCACGCGCUCGCGGAGCUCGUGAGCGCGUAGACCGGGCGGACCCUGUGUCGUGUGCCUAAGAUAUGUUCAAGUCA